CCGAGUAUUUUACGCGCAACCUACCUCAAAGGGUCACGCGCCUGGUGCCACGAAGGUCACCGAUGUUGCCUCAGGACAGCGCCGCGAUGGGCCUGGCUAUGCAGAGCAGAGCGGUCGACACGAGGGUGCAGCUGGAGGUCAAAGAGGGCGAGCCCAGGGGAACGUUGGUCGGUCAGAUACCUGUCAAGUCCGACUUCACGUACAGAUUCAACGAGCUGCCGCAGGAGUUCCUGCUCGAUCCGGAGACCGGUCAGAUAAGAACGGCGAAGGUGCUCGAUCGCGAGGCCCUCAGCAGCGAUCGCUUCGACCUGGUCGUGCUCUCGAGCCUGCCGACGUACCCGAUCGAGGUGCGGAUCUUGGUGCUGGACAUCAACGACAACGAUCCGGAAUUUCCAGAGGCCAGCAUCGCGGUGAGCUUCUCCGAGUCCGCCGUGGCGGGCACCAAGCUGCUGUUGGACGCCGCUACGGACAGGGACACGCCGGAUAACGGUGUCCUGGACGAUUACUUCAUCGUCGACGGCAACACGGACGGGAAGUUUCGUCUUCAGGUCACCGCCAAUCCCACCGGUGAGGCGUCGUACCUCCACCUGGAGACCACGGGCAAGCUGGACCGCGAACAGGUGGAAUACUACUCGCUGAACAUCUGCGCUCGCGACCGUGGCCAGCCACCGCGGCUCGGCUACCUGCUGGUGAACGUGACGGUGUUGGACGUGAACGACAAUCCUCCCGUCUUCCAGCAGAGCGACUACGUCGUGUCGUUGAACGAGAGCGCGCCGAUCGGCACGAAGGUGCUCACGGUGCACGCUACCGACAAGGACUCGGAGGACAAUUCCAAGCUGACGUACUACCUGCCGGACAACGAGCGGAAGUUCACCAUAGACCCGGAGACGGGCACGAUCACCACCGCCGAGCCCCCGAGGUGUCCCGAGCAGAUGUGCAACGUGUCACCCCGGGAGGACGGUUGCCCCAAGAGCUGCGUCAUCACGGUCUUCGCUCGCGAUCACGGCUCGCCCCGACAGGACGGCCGCACCUACGUGACGGUGAAUCUGCUGGACGCGAACGACCACACGCCCCAGAUCGAGUUCACCUUCUUCCCGUCGAACGCGGGCCUCCAGUUCGCCACCGUCGACGAGAACGCCGCGAACGACUCGAUCGUGGCGGCGGUCGCGGUGGUCGACACCGACCAGGGCCUGAACGGCCGGUCCACCGUGCAGAUCCGCUCCGGUAACGAGCUCGGUCACUUCCGGCUGGAGCACACGAAGGGCCUCUACAUCGUGCGGGUCCACGGUCGGUUGGACCGCGAGGAGAUACCCAAGUACAACCUGACGAUGGUAGCCACCGAUAAAGGCGUACCGCCCAGAUCCUCCACGGCCUUCCUCGUGAUCCACGUGAACGACGUGAACGACCACGAGCCGGUGUUCCAGCAGAGCGAGUACUCGGCGGUGCUGUCGGAGCUGUCGCCGAUCGGCAGCUUCGUCGCCAGCAUCCUGGCGACGGACUCGGACACCGGAGUGAACGCGAAGAUCCACUACGAGUUCGCCAUGGGCAACGAGCAGCAUUGGUUCGCCAUCGACAGCGACACCGGCCUGGUUACCACCGUGGCCACCUUGGACCGCGAGGUCAAAGGCAGUGUCGAGCUGCACGUGUCGGCUCGGGACGGCGGCCCGAAUCCCAAGUACGCGUCCACGCAUCUGAAGGUCACCGUCCUCGACGAGAACGACGAGGCGCCCUGCUUCUCCGAGAGCAUGAUCAACGUCACCCUGUUGGAGGACACGCCUCCGCAGAGCCUGGUGGCCGCCCUCACCGCCGUGGACAACGAUCAGGGUACCAACGGUAGCGUCGCCUACUACUUCCACCCGAGCGUCUUGCACGAUUACCCCAAUACCUUCGCGUUGGACAUGCUCAGCGGUCAGCUGACGACCAAGGUCAGCCUCGACCGAGAGACCAUAGCGGAGUAUCGGAUCCUGGUGAUAGCCAAGGACCAAGGCACGCCCGUGCAAUCCUCGACGGCCACCGUGGUGUUGACCGUGGAGGACGUCAACGACAACACGCCGGUCUUUUACCCCUGGCGAUACCUGAUGUCCAUCUCUCAGGACACCGCGCCGGGGAGCGUGCUGGGCAAGGUGACGGCGACGGACGCCGACGCCAGGGAGAACGCGCAAGUCAGGUACUCCCUGGAGUACGGCGGUGAAGGGCUCUUCGCGGUCGACGAGAGAACGGGCGAGGUCGCGUUUCAGGGCUCGGCCAAGGUCAUAUACAAGAGCCUGUACGAGCUGACCAUCUCGGCGAGGGACACCGGCGACCAAAUCACGCUCACGAACGCCAUCGUGGAGAUCGUCCGCAAGGACAACCUGAGGCACCUCGAGUUCGACAACUACAACGGCUACGACUUCAAGGUCUCCGAGGACAGGGGCGACUGCACCUCCAUGCCCAGGGGAUUCGGCAGGGAGAUCGGCACGGUGCGCACCACGCCGCAAUACGGCAACGCCAAGGUGGACUACACGAUCGUGUACGGCGAUCCGAAGGGCAACUUCAGGAUCGACCCGCACACCGGCGUGAUCAGUACCGCCGGCUGCCUGGACCGCGAGCAGGAGACCUACUACAGGCUGCAGUUGUUGGCGCACGCCAAUCUCGCGUACGGCCACACGAUCGUCAACAUCACCGUCGAGGACGUGAACGACAACCCGCCGAGGUUCCCAAAGGGCGAAUGGGGAGACGAGAUACUGCUGAACGAGAACGCGGCGGUCGGCCAGCAGGUGUGUCUGGCUCGCGCCCGAGACUGGGACUCCGGCGCCAACGCCAGGAUCGUUUACUCCCUGACGCACAAUCCCGGCGAGCAGUUCAAGGUCGACGAGAACUCCGGUAUCAUAUACCUCGGCAAGCCGAUCAGAGCGCCGCCCGGCACGAUUCUCCACCUGGAGGUGACGGCGACCGACUCCGGCAGUCCGCCGUUGUCGGCGCAGUAUCAGGUCCGCGUGACGAUCGAAGACGUGAACGACCACACGCCGGUCUUCAAGUUGACCAACUACGAGACAUCCCUGCCCGAAUCCACGCCUGUGAACGAGCGUUUCUUCUGGCUGACGGCUACCGACACGGACUUCGGCGCGAACGGUCAGGUGUUCUACAGCGUGACCGACGGGAACGCGGAGGGUCGCUUCGGGAUCUUCCCGGACGGGCAGGUGUACGUGAAGAAGGAGCUCGAUCGCGAACAGCAGGAUUACUACGCCCUCGAGAUCACCGCGUCGGACCAGGGUCAGCCGGCCAGGAGCUCCGUGGUGCCGAUGGUGGUGCACGUAAUCGACGAGAACGACAACGCGCCCGAGUUCACCAACAGCAGCUUCAGCUUCCACCUGCGCGAGAACGAGCCCCCGGACACCUUCGUCGGCAAACUGCUCGCGACCGAUCGCGACGUCGGCCGUAACGCCGACCUCAUAUUCUCCCUGCCGUCCAACCAGCAGGACUUCAUCGUCGACCCGAAGAACGGCUUCAUCAAGUCCAUGCGCGUGUUCGAUCGGGAGCUGCUGAUGACCAACACCGGCCGUAGCUCCAUCUCCUUGGAGGUGUUCGUCGCCGACAACGGCGUGAAUCGGCUGCACGACCGCGCCAAGGUCACCAUCUACGUCACCGACGUGAACGACAACGUGCCGCAGUUCCAACGGCUGCCCUACGACGUCCAGAUCAGCGAGGGCGCCGCCAUCGGCACGCAACUGCUGCGGGUGUACACCACCGACGCCGACGAGGGCCUCAACGGCGACGUGUUCUACUCGCUGGAGGACGGGAAUCAGCACGGCAACUUCAUGAUCGACGAGGCGACCGGGCAGAUCUCGCUGGUGAAGGAGCUCGACCGCGAGACCUUCGACAGCUACGUGCUGACCGUCGUCGCGCACGACGCCGGCCUGGAGACUCGGCUGUCGUCGAGCGCGACCGUCCGCGUCGAGGUGACCGACGAGAACGACAACGUGCCGCGUUUCGUCGACAACAAGCCGAGGAUCUCCGUGUUGGAGACCGCGCCGAUCAACACCGAGCUGCUGAGAUUCAAGGCCACCGACAUCGACCUCAACAACAACAGCGACCUGUCGUUCGCAAUAUCAGCCGGCAACCGGAGGGACACCUUCUACAUCGACCCGCUGACCGGUACGUUGUACCUGAGGAAGCCCCUCGAUUACGAGGAUCUGCAGCGGUACAUGCUGAACGUCACCUGCAGCGACAACGGCCACCCCAGGCUCAGCUCGGUCACCACUCUGAUCGUCGAGGUGAUCGACGCGAACGACAAUCCGCCGGUGUUCCCGACCACCGCGAUAGUACGGCAGAUUCGCGAGGGUAUCCUCGUGCGCACGCCGAUCGUCACCAUCACCGCCGAGGACCCGGACUCGGGCGACAACGGGGUCAUCAGCUACUCGAUCCUCAGCCAGGAGCCGGAGGAUCAAGUGCGCCGGUUCGGCAUCAACCCCUCGAGCGGUGUGAUACACACGCUGCAGCCGAUCGACCGCGAGGAGGUGGACAACUUCAAGCUGGUCGUGGUCGCCACCGACCGUGCGCAGCCGCCGAGUGCUCGGCUGUCCGCCGAGAAGGUCGUCGUCGUAAUCGUCGAGGACGUCAACGACAACGCGCCGAUCUUCGUCAGCAUGUCGGCGGUGGUGCUACCGCGACACGUAAGCCGCUCGAACUACCCGCACCACCACCAGCACAAGUCCCCCGAAGAGGUCCUGGUGACUCAGCUGCUCGCACGCGACCUCGACACCGGCACCAACGGCUUGGUAACUUACGAGCUGCUACGUUCCAGCAGCAACUACUCCGACAUGUUCCGCAUAGAGCGCAGCCACGGCUACCUCACGAUGAAACUGCCGUACCCGUCGUCGAAGAACGCGCACUACCUGGAGCGCGCGUUCAAAUACCAGGUGGGCGUGCGGGCGACCGACGAGGCGGUCCAAGCGGAGCGUCGCUCCUCGGAGACCUACGUGACCUUGAUCGUGCCGAGCGAGGACGGCGACGAUCAGCCGGUGUGGGAGCACCGCGGCCAGGUCGACGGCAACGUGUACGAAAACGAGCCGGUGGGCACCAGCAUCCUGCGGGUGAGCGCCCGCUCGCGCCGCUCUUCCUCCAACCUCGAGCUCGAGUAUUACGUGACGAACGUGACCGCCGGCGGCACCGGCUUCCAGGUCGACCGGCUCUUCGACGUCGACACGAAGACGGGCGUGCUGUCCACCGCGGCGGCUCUCGAUCGGGAAACCGGCGCUCAGUGGUACGAGGUGGAGCUGUACGCCAUCGGCCUCGGCGGCGGCAGGCCCAGUACGACGUCCACUAAAGUGCACGUGAGAGUGUUGGACAAGAACGACGUGGCGCCUACGUGGGGUCCGGGCUCGUGGAAAUUCGAUAUCUCCGAGGAGGCGCCGCCGCACACCGUGAUCACCGUGCUCAAGGCCGACGAUCCGGACACCAUAGGCACUCUGACCUACACCCUGGUGCCGAAUCAUCGUCUCGGGUCGAACGGUAAGCCCGAAUCCGCGAACGACGACUACGACGCGGAGAAUCAAUUCAACCUCGACUCGUCCACCGGCCAGUUGAGCCUCGCUGAGGCCUUGGACAGAGAAACGAAGGAGAAGUACCUGUUGAAGGUGCGCGCCGACGAUGGACUGCAGCACAGGGACAUCGUGCUCACCAUACAUGUUACCGACACCAACGACAACGCGCCAACCUUCCAAAGCACGGCCUACUCAUUCGACGUCCCAGAGAACGUGCCGAGGGGUAGCCGCGUCGGCCAAGUCGUCGCGAUGGACGCCGACGCUGAAGGACCCAACAGUCAGUUGAGCUACGUGCUGAUCUCCGACUGGGCAAACGACGUGUUCUCAUUGAACCCGAACACCGGCGUGUUCACGCUCACCGCGAGCCUCGACUACGAGCAGGUGCAGCACUACAUCCUGGUCGUGCAAGCGACGGACGGCGGCGAUCCGGCGUUGUCGUCCACGGUGACGGUUUACUGCAACGUCGUCGACCUGAACGACAACGUGCCGAUCUUCGAGGUCGGUCCGCACGCUGCCGACAUCAUGGAGAACGCGACCGUCGGCACCCCGGUGCUCACUGUGACCGCUCAGGACCUGGACUCCGGUGACAACGGCAGAGUAAUCUACGCCGUCGUCGGCGGCGACGACGAUGGUGACUUCGGGGUGAGUGCGAAUGGCACCCUCUUCACGCAACGACCCCUCGAUCGUGAACGGAAGCCGUUUUACAACCUGGUGCUGAGCGCCACCGACAGCCCGUUGCCGCCCGCCCGGCCGCUCUCUUCCAUGGUACAGGUGACGGUAGUGUUGUUGGACGUGAACGACAUGUCGCCUGAGUUCAUAUCGCCCACAAAGAUAUCGAUAAUCGAGAACGCGCCGAGCAACACGGUGGUGAUGUCGAUCAAGGCCGUCGACCGGGACGAAGGUCGGAACGGCUACGUGGAGUAUUCUCUGGAGAACGACAGUUUGCCGUUUACGUUGGGCACCGUGGACGGGCUUCUGCGCGUCUCCGGGCCGUUGGACCGCGAGCAGACGUCGAACUACACCCUGCAGGUCACCGCCAAGGAUCGGGGCGAGCCGCCGAGGUCGUCGUCGAUCACCGUCACCGUCGCAGUGCUCGACGAGAACGACAACUCGCCGGUGUUCGACCCCAAGCAAUACUCCGCCACUGUUGCCGAAAACGCCAGCAUCGGCGCCAGCGUACUCCAAGUGUCGGCGAUGGAUCGGGACGAGGGCGCGAACGGUAGGGUGCGUUACAACAUCGCGAAGGGCGACGACAAUCGGGACUUCACGAUCUCUGAGGACGGCGGGGUGAUUCGGGUGGCAAAGAACUUGAACUUCGAGCGUAAGGCCAGGUACCACUUGAUCAUUCACGGUGACGACUGCGCGAUGGAGGUCGGCGAGAUGUCUCUCCGUGACGUCGCUCAGGUCACCAUCACCGUGUUGGACAUCAACGACAACGCGCCGGUUUUCCUCGACUCGCCUUAUAUCGCGCACGUUAUGGAGAACAUGGUUCCGCCGGGUGGCGGCUUCAUCAUACAGGUCAAGGCAUACGACGCGGACACGCCGCCGUACAACGACCAGGUGCGGUACUUCCUCAAGGAGGGCGACACGGAUUUAUUUCGCAUAAACGCGAGCACCGGCGACAUAUUUCUCCUACGGCCAUUGGACAGGGAGCUGAUGUCCGAGUACACGCUCACUCUAGUGGCCAUGGAUACCGGCUCGCCGCCUCUCACCGGCUCGGGCAUCGUCAAGAUCAUCGUGCUCGACGUGAACGAUCACAGCCCGGAGUUCGCCAGGCAGCACUACAAGGCCACCAUGCUGGAGAACAUGCCUGCUGGGACUUGGGUCACCAAGUUGCACGCCGUCGAUAAGGACGAGGGGCUCAACGCGAAGAUCAGGUAUAGUCUAUAUGGAGACAAGGUAGAACACUUCUCUGUGGAUCCCGACACGGGUGAUGUAUCCACCACGGUGUCGUUAGACCGCGAGCAGACCGCUGUAUACCAUCUCACCCUGCUGGCGCAGGACUCGAGCCCGACGGAGCGCGCUACUGCCGUCAAACUGACGGUCUACGUGCAGGACGUGAACGACAACGCACCCCGCUUCUCCAGUCCCCGAUACAUGGCUUAUGUUCCCAGCGGAACCAAACCAGGUGACUUCGUGUUCGGCGCGAAAGCGGUCGACGAUGACGACGGCGAGAACUCGCGGAUCGUUUACCGGCUCCAGGGCGACGACUCCAAACGGUUCGACAUCGACCUCGACAACGGUGUGAUACGCGCCACCCAGGAACUGGCGAACGACAAGACCACUUAUCAGUUGCAAAUACAAGCGUCCGACUGCGGAGCCGAGCCCCAAAACGUCACCGCUGACCUGGUGAUACACCUGUGGGAGCGGCAGUUGUUCCCCAGUUUUGAGUCGAACGUCAGCACCAGGUUCACGCAGCCCGAGGACGUGCCGGAGGGCACUCUGAUCACCAAGCUGACGGCGACCUCGCCGAAGAGCGGACCGGCCAGUAACCUGAUCUACGGCAUAGCCGGCGGAAACGUCGGAGACGCUUUGAAAAUCGACUCCCACACCGGCGAGGUCGUGGUGGCCUCCGGUUUCGAUUACGAGACUGCUCCGCACUACGAAGCUUGGAUCGAAGUGCGCGACUCGGAUGAUCCGCCGCUACGCAGCGUCCUCCAACUGCUGGUGAACGUCACCGACGCGAACGAUAACGCGCCGGUCAUGGAAGCGGCAAUUUACAACGCGACCGUCCUGGAGGACGAGUACCCGCCGUUAUCCGUCAUCAAUGUGGCCGCGAGAGAUCGCGAUUCCGGCGAGAACGGUCAGGUCAUUUAUGUUUUGGUUGUACAUUACAACGAGUCCUUUACCAUCGACAGCAACACCGGAAGGAUCGACACCAACACUAAAUUGGAUCGUGAAAAGAUCGCGUCUUACGAGCUGAUCGUGGAGGCUCGAGACCAAGGUCAUCCUCAGCUGACCGGCAGCGCGACGGUGUUGGUGACCGUGUUGGACAAGAACGACAAUCCUCCGCACUUCACGCGGCUGUUCAGCGUGAACGUGACGGAGAACUCUGAGAUCGGCACGUUCGUCAUACGUAUCACCAGCAGCGACCGGGACAUCGGCCAAAACGCCAACGUCAGCUACGGCUUCACUCACAAUCCAGGGGGGAAGUUCUCCAUCGACGCCCUCAGCGGAAACGUUACCGUUGCCGGGCAUCUCGACAGAGAAGAGCAGGACGAGUACCUGCUGAAGAUCGUAGCGCUGGACGGUGCGUGGAAGUCGAAGACCGACCUGACGAUCACGAUCCAGGACCAGAACGACAACUCGCCCGAGUUCGAGGAGAACAUCUACCACUUCCACUUCCCGGAGCUACAGCCGGCGGUGGCUCACGUCGGCCAAGUGACAGCGGUGGAUCAUGACAAGCAGGGGCCGAACUCGGCCGUGUCCUACAGCCUGUUGCAACCGUCCGACCUCUUCACCGUCGACCCGGUGACCGGGGACGUCUUCAGCAAGCGUACCCUGCGCUACAAACACACUCACCGGCCCUCCUCGCCGGAGAACCUGUACUCGUUGACGGUGGUGGCGACCGACAACGGCAAGCCGCCGAUGUCCUCGCGCUCGGUGGUCUACGUGAGCGUGGUGGACGCCAACAACAACGCGCCCCGCUUCGAGUACAGAUCCUACCUGUCGCCUGUACCGGAAAAUUACGGCGUCGGCAAACACAUCACCCAGCUGGUGGCCCGCGACGACGCCGACUUCGGCGUGAACGCCGAGAUAGACUACUCUUUGGUGAGCCUGAACGGCAGCGAUCUGUUCUCCAUCGAGGAGCGCUCCGGGUGGAUAUACGUGCGCAAGAGCCUCCACGGCAUCAACGUCGACACGAUGUUCCUCUUCACGGCCGUCGCCACCGACCGAGGUGUGCCGCCGCAGAAGGACGAGGUCACGUUGACUCUGGUCAUCUCCGGGGAGAAUCGGCACCAGCCUACCUUCGCAGCUGUUAGCUACCAGGUGAGGGUGCCCGAGAACGAGCCGGUCAACACUACGAUCGUGACGGUGAGCGCCAAGGACGACGACACCGGGCCGAACGGCAUGAUCCGCUACAAGAUCUCCGCCGGGAACGAGAGGAAUGAAUUCUCCGUGCACUCCAUCACCGGCGCGGUCACCAUAUUGGAGCCUCUCGAUUAUGACCUGGUGCAAGAGUACCAGCUGAACAUCACCGCCACCGAUCUGGGCUUCGAACCGCGCCAGGCGGUGGCCACCUUGAUCGUGAACGUCUCGGAUAUCAACGACAACCCGCCGAUCUUCAACCAGAGCGUCUACGACGCCUACUUACCGGAGAACUCGCCGCCGGAGAGUUUCGUCUACAAGGUGGUCGCUCGAGACAUCGACUCGCCCAAGUACGCCGUGGUGCAGUACAAGAUGCUCAGCGACAGCGCGGAGGGUCACUUCCGCAUACACGGCAACACCGGCGAGAUCACGUCGGUCACCAGCUUCGACUACGAGGAGGCGAACGAGUACAAUCUCCACAUCGUCGCGGCCAAUCCCGACUCCAGUCCGCAGAUGGUCGGUUUCACGACCGUGAGGGUGCACAUCACCGGGGUGAACGAGUUCUACCCGAAGUUCAUCCAACCGGUCUUCCACAUGGACGUGUCGGAGAGCGCAGAGGUGGGCACGUCGGUCGGUCUGGUCCAAGCCACCGAUCAAGACUCAGGGGAAGACGGCCGGGUGUACUACCUCUUCGUGGGCUCGUCCAACGACCGUGGCUUCUCCAUCGGCUCGGAGACCGGUAUCAUAAGGGUGUCCCGACGGCUCGACCGCGAGACGCAGAAUCGCGUGGUGCUGACGGUGAUGGCGAAGAACGGCGGCGGCAUACGCGGCAACGACACCGAUGAGGCCCAGGUGAUCGUCUCCAUCCAGGACGGCAACGACCCGCCGGAGUUCCUUCAGAACUUCUACGAAGCCAACGUGUCGGAGGGCGCCGUCUACGGCACCCGGGUGGUCACCGUUCGCGCGAUUGACAAGGACAUACGACCGCAGAACAAUCAGUUCUCGUACUCCAUCAUCGGCGGCAACCUCGGGCAAGGUUUCAAGGUGGACCCGCAGACCGGCGACAUCGAGACGGCGAAGCAUCUCGAUCGGGAGACUGUGCACGCGUACGACCUGACGAUCGGCGCGAUCGACACCGGCUCACCACCCCAGACUGGCACUGUGAUGGUGCACAUCGAACUCUUGGACGUAAACGACAACGGCCCGGUCUUCGACCCGCCGGAGGUGAUCGGCUAUGUCAGCGAGAACGAGCCGGCAGGUACCACCAUCAUGACCCUGAGCGCAACCGAUCCUGACCUGCCGCCUAAUGGCGCUCCGUUCACCUACCGGUUGAUCGGUGGAAGGCAGAGCAACAUGGUCACGUUGGACAAGCAUUCCGGGGUACUGAAAACCACCAGGAGCCUCGACAGGGAAACGAUGCCGCAGCUAGACCUCGUGGUCGAAGUUGAGGACUCGGGCGUACCGCGGAUGAAGAGCGAGAACACGGUAACGGUGAUCGUCACCGACCAGAACGACAGCCCGUCCACGUCGAGGUCGGUGCACGUGAUCGUGUACUCCUUCAACGGGAAGACUCCGCUGGGAAAUAUCGCCGACGUGCAUCCGAACGAUCCGGAUACCACCGGCGCUUACUCCUGCAGGAUCCUGCCGGGCUCGAACUCGCGCGUGCUCGCGAUCCCCAUCGCCUGCGAUCUGCACGUCAACAAGAUCACAUCCGGAGUUGGCUAUUCGUUGAGCGUCUCCGGCAACGACGGCCGGCACCCCGACGUCGUCUCCAAGGUCACCGUCGAGUUCCUCAUCUUCUCGAACGCCACGAUCGAGAACAGCGUUACCUUGAAGAUCUCCAAGAUGACUGCGAAGGAUUUCCUCAGCCGAUACUACCGACCUCUGCUGGAUCUCCUGCACGAGAAGGCCGACGUCGGCGACAUUUUCACCAUCUUCAGCAUCGGCGACGACGAUCCGGACCUGAACGUCUACAUAGCGGCGAAGUCAUCGCAGGGAUACCGUUUGAAGUACGACGUCGUGGAUCUGCUGUCGCGCAAUAAAGAACAAAUCCAGUCGCUGCUCGAAGGCAAGUCGUUCACCAUCGGUUACUCACCGUGCAAGCACGCCCCGUGCGAGAACGGGGGCAGCUGCAGCGACCGAUUAGCGAUAUACGACGACGCCAGGAUCACCGACAGUCAGGCGCUGAUUCUGACGUCUCCCCGGGUGCUGCACGAGAUGGUCUGCAAGUGUCGGGACGGCUUCAUCGGCGACAGGUGCGAGAAGAGGCAGGAUCCCUGCUCGCCGAACCCCUGCUUGCUGGAAGGACAAUGUCGGCGCCUGGGAUACGACUUCCAGUGUAUCUGCCCGAUCGACCGCGACGGCAAGCUGUGCGAGCUCGAGAGGGGCGACGCGUGCGCCAGCAAUCCUUGUCGGAAUGGCGGCUCCUGCCAGAAGAGUCCGGACAGCUUCAGCUUCUUCUGCCUGUGCCGGGCGGGCUACAGAGGGAACCACUGCGAGGCGGUGUCCGAUUCUUGCCGCCCGAAUCCCUGCCUGCACGGCGGCCUGUGCGUGAGCGAGAAACCCGGGUACCGAUGCAGCUGUCAGGAGGGCCGCUACGGACGGCACUGCGAACGAUCGACCUUCGGCUUCGACGAGCUGUCGUACAUGGCAUUCCCGACGCUGGACGCCAGCACAAACGACAUCACCAUCGUGUUCGCCACCAACAAGCCGAACGCGCUGCUGUUGUACAAUUACGCCGCGCACACCGGCGGCCGUUCGGACUUCGUCGUGCUCGAGCUGGUGAACGGCCGGGUGGUGUUCUCCUAUGGCGGUGCCAGGAGCGCGAUCACCUCCGUCACCAUCAAAACCGAGAAUCCGGUGUCGGACGGCAUGUGGCGCAAAGUCACCGCCACGAGGAACGGCAGGUCGGUCUCGCUCAGCGUGUCCCUCUGCACGGAAAACGGCGACAUCUGCGACGACUGCAAACCCGGCGACGGCAAUUGCUACGCGACCGAGACGGGCCAGACCGGGACGCUGAACUUCAACAAUAAUCCUCUACUGCUGGGCGGCUUGAAGGACGCCGACCCCGUGCUGGAACGUUCAGGCCAGGUGCAUUCCGACGAUUUCGUCGGCUGCAUUCAAUCGGUGUCGAUAAACGGCAGAUCCCUGAACCUGACGAAUCCGCUGGCGUCUCGCGGCGUCAAGUCCACAUGCGUCCGGUCGCGGAAGAGUCCCUGUUUGAGGGGAGACGAGAACGAGCCCGUCUGCGGCGCGGAGGAUCAGUGUUACGACAAGUGGCACCAGGUGAUGUGCCAGUGCGGGUCCGUGAUAGCGCCGAAUUGCCACGGCGCCUUCGAGCCCGUCACGUUGAGCGAGGGUGGAUUCGUGGAGUUCAAGGUAACGGAGAAGCACAAGAGGAUGCAACUGUUAGUGGAACUCUACGGCGGCUCCACCAGAUGGCACGGCACGAAUCGCACGAAACGCGACAUCGCACAGGACACGAGCUUCAUAACGAAUCCUUCGCCCUUGAAGACGAUCGGUCUGAUGUUCAGAACCGUGAAGUCCAACGGGAUCCUGAUAUACGCCGCUACCAAUACGCAUUUCACAUCUGUAGAGCUCCGUGACGGACAGCUGAUCUACAUGUCGCAGCUCAGAACGGCGGUGAACAUGUCGGUCAACAUCGAGGGCGGCCUCGCCGACGGGCAUUGGCACAACCUGACGCUCCACGCUUAUUCGCGAGGAUUGAGGCUGCUGGUCGACAACGUGCUGAGGGGCGACGAGCUGGAUUUAACGAGUAUCCACGACUUCUUGGACCCUUACUUGUCCGUCCUGUCGAUCGGUGGGGCCAGCCAAGACUUCUAUUAUGUUCACGGCGCCGGCGCGAGGAGCUUCGAGGGUUGCUUGGCGAACUUCACCAUCAACAACGAGGUGCAGCCGUUCAACGGUUCCGGCACCAUCUUCAAGGACGUCACCUACCGUGGCAAAGUGAGCACCGGCUGCAGAGGGCCGAUCGGCAUCAGCGCGGCCGCCGACGCGGACCCGCUCAGCAUCGGCAUCACCCUGGUGAUCGUCUUCUUCGUCAUACUGCUGAUCGCGAUCCUGGUCAGCUUCAUAGUCUUCCGGCUGCGCCGGCAGAAUAAGGAGAAGUCGGCGCCGUCGGUCGUCAACAAGAACACCAACGCCAUCAUCGCCGGCAAUCCGCUGGUCGGCGCCGGCGGCGACAACCUCAUGUCCCGCCAUGAGAACACGUACAUCUCCGACACAUCGGACCUGCGCGGAGUCGGCCACAUGGGGCCCGAGCUCAUCUCCAAGAAGUACAAGGAGCGCGAGAUCAACUCCGCCGCCGAGCACCGGCCCCAACGACCGGACAUCAUCGAGCGGGAGGUCACCAAAUCGCCGCCCAUCCGCGACGAGCACCCACCACUGCCGCCGCCUGCCCAGACCUCUCUUCACUCCCACGAGCACAACCCCGAGCCCGAUAUCCCGGAGCACUACGACCUGGAGAACGCCAGUUCCAUCGCGCCCAGCGACAUCGACAUCGUGUAUCAUUACAAGGGCUACCGCGACGGAAUGAGGAAGUACAAGGCCACUCCGCCUCCUAUUGGUAACUACGGUAACCACCACAAGCACACGGGGCAACAGCACCGGCACACCGGUCCCUUCCCCCCGCGGACGAUGCCGCCGCCCAACGUGAGCCAGCCGCCGGGGCCGGCGCCGAAGUUGCUGCAGAGCACCCCUCUGGCGAGACUGUCGCCCAGCAGCGAGCUCUCGGCGCAGCAGCCGCGGAUCCUGACGCUGCACGACAUCAGCGGCAAGCCGCUGCAGAGCGCCCUGUUGGCCACCACGUCGUCGUCGGGCGGCGUCGGCAAGGACGCGUUGAACUCCAACAGCGAGAGAAGCCUGAACUCGCCCAUUAUGAGCCAGCUGUCGGGCUCGACCGCCAGUAGGAAGGCGCCGCAGUCGAACAACGAGAACUCCGUGAACAACGUGUCGUCGGGGCCGAUGGGUCUCACCGCGGAGGAGAUCGAGCGGCUGAACUCCCGGCCGAGGACGUCCAGCCUGGUCUCCACGUUGGACGCGGUGAGCUCGUCGAGCGAGGCGAGGGGGCCGCCGGCCCACGGGCCUCUCCACCAUCACCGACGGCACACGCCGCCGGUGGAGAGGCUCGAACGGCGCAACUCGUCGACCACCGACGAGAGCGGUAACGACAGCUUCACCUGCUCGGAGAUCGAGUACGACAACGGAUCGUUGGUGGGCGAUAAGCGGUCGGACAACCUCUUCGCCAAGCAGGACGACGAAGAGGUCGGCCAGCGUAACAACGAGUCCGGGCAGUCGACGAAGCCGCCGUUGCCGCCGAACGUCAACUACGACGGUUUCGACAGCUCGUUCCGCGGCUCCCUGAGCACCCUCGUCGCCUCGGACGACGACCUGUCGACCCAUAUGGGCGCUCUCUACAGCAGCAGGCACGCCAGCAACGGCUCGCCGGCCCUCACCGAGGACUAUCUCAGCUGGGACUACGUGCUCAACUGGGGGCCCAACUUCGAGAGCCUCGUCGGUGUCUUCGUCGACAUCGCCGAGCUCCCGGACAGCGCCAGUCGAGUGCCCAGCACGCUGCGAUUGCCGGCGAACAUCCCUAAGCCGUCCGAGGAAUACGUCUGAGAGAGAAAGAGAGGGAGAAACAGGCCGACGGAGACGACAAAGACGGUACUUCGAACGGCUGCUCGCCGGAACGAUUUAGUGGACUGACGGGUUUUCUUUUUCUUCUUUAAUUUAGUGACGAUCGCGAGCGGUCUCGUUCGGGGAACGGAAAGGUCGAACCCGUGCCGGAGGAGUCCCCGCGAUCUAGCAGCGUCGAAACGUGUUUCUAGUUCGAACUCUGCAAUCGUCGUCGGUCGGUAUUAAUAGCGAGCAGUUAGUCGCCACGUCCGAUAUCCGGCUCGAGGAACUUGGAGCGUACGCUCGAAGGAGAAAGCGCCGACCUGUCGAAGGUUGGGCUCUCGAGUGUUCCUGGAAGGAAGAAGAGUCGUCGCGACUCGUGAAACCGCGAUGAGCCGCCGGCCGCAUAUCGAACGUGUGAUCAUCUUGCCAUAAAAAGUGUAAAGAAGGGAAUCCCCCCUCCCGAAGUGAACGGACCACUCGUUCGUCUUACACGGACACACACAUACACUUUCCGGGGACACCCCGUGUUGUCUCGUACUGCGUAUCUAUUAUCCUGCGAAUUUGUAAAUAUCGAUUGACGCGUGUCAAACAAUCAAAAAACGCGACUCCCAGUCGUCGGAGUGCGCGAUACGUCCACUUUCGAUCGUACGAUCGAUCAAACUGUAAAGAGAGAGAGAGAGAGAGAGAGGAAUUUCGCGAUCUGGAACGUCAACCGCAUGGCAUUUCGCGUUAGCUUGUAGCGCGAUCGCAUGCGAAAGUCCCCGAAUUAAAUGGAACUGGAUGAUUCACGCGGGAUGCCAAUUGCGCGUCGAAUGCCAUCGUAGUUGCAUAAGCGAGAUGGGGAGACGUGCGACUGAGUAUCGAGGCAGGUCCGAUUAACUAUUAAAUAGUAACUGUUCUGUAUAUAUCCUAAGGAAAAAAAAACAAUCCCGUGCCAGAUACACGCUGGAUACAGUCGCACACGUCGCGUUAAUUGUCGAUUCCACGGUCGGUGAAUGAAGCGAGAUGAAGCGUGGUAGCCAUUAAACACCAGCUAACAGUCGUAUCGGGAAGAAAAUUCCCAUAUAUAAUUAUAUGUACGAUUACAUAUAAUUAUAUAUAAUUAUAUA